UGUGAGCAUGGUGAUGUUAGGAAUGAGGAUUGGGUUGAGAGCGGCAAGGGCUGCGCUCGCUACAGCGGUUUUAGCUACGAAAGUUGACGAUAAGAUAUUCGUUGAGACGACAAGACGAAAGGACGACAAAAAUGUGCUGUUUAGCAGGAAGAUAGUGAAUGAGAACGAUAGAACAAAUCUUCAUCUUCGUUUGUUCCAGUACCAAUCAUGUCCGUUCUGUUGCAAAGUUCGCGCCUUCCUUGACUAUUAUGGGUUCUCUUAUGAUGUUGUGGAAGUCAAUCCCGUUACGAAGGCUGAGCUCAAGUUCUCGAAAGAGUACAAAAAGGUGCCGAUCCUAUCCACCAGUGCGGGAACGCUCACAGAUUCUACUUUGAUCAUCUCGAAGCUAGCAACAUUCUUAGCAAGUCGAUCUCGUACUCUGUCGGACGUCCAUGAGUUAUACCCUACGGUGAUAGUACCACGGGAUGGUCAAAACAUUAUGGAUUAUCCCCAUAAAUACAUAGUUUUCCCAGACGGGACUUCACGCAACGAAGAUAUUGCAUCUGACAGAAUAGAACGGCAAUGGCGUGAGUGGGUUGAUGCUUAUUUUAUUCAUCUAAUCUCACCAAACGUAUAUCGAACGUUCAGUGAGUCUUUGGAGACUUUCAGAUGGUUUUCAGAGUUCGGCGACUGGGAUAAUAUUUUUACUGUCAGUGGCCGUGCUUUGGCUGUGUAUGUUGGUGCUUUUGCAAUGUGGUUGAUAGCGAAACGGUUAAAGAAAAGGCACAACAUUGUUGAUGAGAGAAGGGCUAUGUCGGAAGCUUUUGAUGAAUGGAUGGAUGCGAUUGGACCAAACCGUGAUUAUCUUGGAGGAUCGAAGCCUAAUCUUGCAGACUUGGGGAUGUAUGGUGCGAUGACGGCGUUUUCAGGAUGUUCAGCAUUCCGUGAGCUUGUCACGGAAGGGAGCAAAAUUGAGCGGUGGUUUACAAGAAUGCGAAAUGAAAUAUGCAUCAAGCUGCGGAGCAGAGAGAGAUUUGAAAAGAUCUUGAAGGGUGACGAAGAGCAAUGAAUGGUCUGAAACGUGAUGUUUGAAUGAGGAAAACGCACUCUUUAAAGAAAAGAAAGGGCGUGCUCUCUACCCAAAGGAUUAGGGUAAUCUCUCCAGCAUGGGUGAAGUUACGUAAAUCAUAACGAUCUACGGAAAGCUAAGAAAUCAAAACUGAGGUGGACGAGACGAGUACGACUGUUGUCUUGCCAUACAUCUUUGACUGGACAGCUUAAAUGAAGCAUGGCUCAACGAUUCUAUUCCAGCCGCAAGGAUGUCGAGCUGAAGGAGAAAGAUGUGUUAAAAUUUUCUCAAAAGUUUUUUAAAGUUCUCAUGCCGCGAAUUCCUCGUCCUUAAUGAGAAAUUCGUCUAGCUUCGCUUCAUGCAUCAUUUUUUUCUUUUCUUAGUAUUCCG